GCGGAAGUGGUAGUGCAUUACUCAUCGACGUCGCGGAGAUUACUCUGGUUUUACAAUUCGUUUCAUUUUGUAGCUUCGUAGUUGUUCGAAUGAUUUCAUGAAUGAGGACUACCUCGUGCUGUACGUGUGCUUAUACAGUACAUCAUUUGUGGACCAGACUCACUGUUUAAGCUACGUGGUGAUGUUGAAAGUGAAAGGUGUGGAUCAGAUUUAAGUUUACCCCUACAGGUGACGUUUAACAGCCGGUUUCUUUGGAUUAUCCCAUUUGGAGGGCGACACACAGAGGACGAUGGAGAUGCUGAAAACAAGUGUGGGUACUUUGAAUGAAGAAGUCCUCAAGAGACUGUCAAAGAUGUUGGACAAUUCAACUUGCGGAUGGAGGCAACUAGCGAACGCUGUGUCCGAGCAUCCGAAAUUCCGCUGCAGUGACAGAGAGCUGACCAACUGCUCACUUCAGGUGCUGAGUCCUGCAGGCAGCCCAGGACGUACCCUCCUGGCCUGGCUCGCUGAUCGCUUCUGCUCCCUGGACUUCCUGCUCCACUCCCUGGGAAAAAUCAACCACCUGGAAGCUGUGCAGUACCUCUCCUCCAUGGUGGAGCUGACACAGAUUACAGAGCAGCCUCGGUCCCAGCAGGCCACAGUGGGGGGUAGGCUGGUGUUGACCUGCAGAGCCUCUGGACCUCCUGGACUUAGCUACCAGUGGUUCAGAGACAAAGAAGAGAUAUUGGAUGAGACAGGACGCACACCAGAGCUGGUUCUGUGUCCUUUAGGUCCGGUCCACCAGGGUAACUACAUCUGUCGAGUCAACCACAGAGAAAACUUUGUCUUCUCCCAGUGGGCUCAAGUUCGCUGCAUCCUCUCUGCAGGAUGCAGCAGCACGUUUCAAGGCUCAUCGAGUGGGCUGCAUAUCAUCCACCAGCCUCAGUCUCAAACUGUGUCUGAGGGCGACACUCUUUUCCUGCAGUGUAAAGCAGAGGCCAACCCACCUGCCCAGUAUGAGUGGUACCACAACACAGUGGCACUGAAACAACCCAAGACAUGUUCGCUGAAGAUCCCAUGUGUGACCACAGCAAACAGAGGACCGUACAGAUGCAAGGUGUUCAACUUGUAUCACGAGGUGUGGAGUGACACAGCAACAGUCAGUGUUGGCCCCAGUUCCAUCACUGAGGCCGACUGGGAGGAAGUUGAUCGUGGGUCAGACUCACAGAAAGUCCCCAGGAAAUAUGGAAUUCAUCAUUUACAACAGAUGGCCAAACCGCCAUCAUCAGCCAAACAGUUCUAUGCAACUGACAAAGUUGCUCUCCUGAUUGGCAACAUGAACUACGUCCACCACACUCAGCUGUGUGCUCCAAUUGCUGACGUCCACGAGUUGACCAACUUCCUCAGACAAAUGGACUUCAAGGUGGUUUCCCUGAUUGACCUCAACUGGCAGGAGAUGCACAGCGCUGUCACUGAGUUCCUCCUGCUGCUUGAUAAGGGAGUCUAUGGCUUGCUUUACUUCGCUGGUCAUGGUUAUGAGAAUUUUGGCAACAGUUUCAUGGUACCCAUCGACGCUCCAGCCUCCUACACAUCAGAGCACUGUUUGUGUGUCCAGAACAUUCUCACCAGGAUGCAACAGAAAGAGACUGGACUCAACGUAUUCCUUCUGGACAUGUGCCGCAAAAGGAACCCACAUGAUGAUGUCAUUGUACAACCAGGACUGCUCAAAGUGACGGCAAAUAUAGUGUUUGGAUAUGCCACAUGUGUAGACGCUGAGGCAUAUGAAGUGAAAAGGGAAGAUGUGUCAAAUGGCAUCUUCAUCAGCUUCCUCAAACGCAGAGUUUGUGAAGAAGAGAAGGUCACGUUCAUGCUCGACAGAGUGGCUGAAGAUAUGGGUCGUUGUGCGAUCACCAGAGGGAGGCAGGCUCUGGAGCUGCGAAGUAACCUUUCAGAUCGACGUUGCCUCACCGACCGGAUACAGACACCUGACUGUUCUGCCUCCCAAUCAGCUCGAAACCUGCAAUGGGCUGUAGCUCAUGACCUACCAAACAGUGACUGCCUGCAGUUUGACUGUGGGGUCAAGGUGCAGCUUGGGUUUGCGGCAGAGUUCUCCAACGUCAUGGUCAUCUACACGCGGAUUCUUGAGCAGCCCAAAGAGAUUGUUUCCUGCUCUGCUCAGCUUACUGACUUCCCUGAGGGUGUUGACGUUGAUCUGAAGAAGAGUAACCAGGAAACUCUUCUUGAAGCCGGCAGUUUAAUACUAAUUAAUGAAAAUCUUCUUUCACCGGAGGUCCCUAGUCUCUAUACCCGCGUCCGAAGCCUGCAGAGACUCAGGAAGGAGUUCAAAUUCACCAUCUGCCUCCUUUACAUCUAUUCCAACAUGGAUGAGGAAGUGCAGGAAAGGCAAACAGUGACAGUUGGUAAACCACUGGUCUCCAAACUCAACCUGCAUGAACCCCGACCACCUCAGGCUUCUUACCCCUCGUCCUCCAGCUCUGACUCCUUCAACUUUCCUGAGUGCUCUUCCCUGACAGAGGCCUUUGCCUCAGUUAGUUCAUCAAAUGCGUGGUCAUAUGAUGAAGACACUGCCACACAGUCCAAUGCCAUUGGCUCUUCACCUUCACUUAGAAAUGCUAAUGUACCAGAGGAGACUGACAGCUCUGAUUUUGUUGAUGGGCCUAAACCUCUUGUCGCCAGCAAAAGUUUGCCCAUCAGCCAAGUGAAUGAGACAAACUACAAAUUCAGCGACAUGUACAACUUUCAUUCUAACUAAGGAUAAUGACACCCCAUUUCUGAUCAAGCAUGUGGAUUUGUGUUUUAGUGAAAUAAAUGAUUACUACUACUACUAAGCUGACUCAGGACACUUGCUAUUGUAAAUAGUCAAUUUAUCUUAAUAACGUUUUUUUAAGGUUUUCUUAUCAAUUUUGUAUUAUUUUUGUUUUAUAUUAUAAUGCAUUUGAAGUUAUACACUGCUGAUCGCGUGUUAUAUGCUGUGCUUGCCAUAAAGAACAUAUAUUAAACAAUAUUAAGUAUA